CACCACACAGGAAGAGAGAAGGAGGCAGAAGGCGGGAAGCCGUGAGAGAGGAGAGACGGCAUUAUGGAAGCUGCGAAGUCGUCGCCUGAGUCCAAGGAAGUCAAGGAGAGAACUCCCCAAGAAAAUCCCAGCCCUUGCCUUCAAGAAAGACAUUUGAGAAGUAAGCUUUUGAUGAGACAAGUGAGAAUUCAUCUCACGCCUGUGCAAUUGAACAGCAACAGAGAAGGAGGUGGAGGAGGAGAGCACAAAAGGCAUUGGGCUCAGAAGCGUUUGUUGGAACAGUUUUCCAACUCUGAAGCAUGUUUAAGCGAAGAACCAACAGCCAAGAAAGCCCGUGAUCAUCAUGCUCUGGGGUCCCAGAACGACGAGGAGGAAGCCUUUAGCAGGGAAUCUCCGGAACGUGCCCCUGUUGUAUCAGAAGACAGCAGCAGCGAUUCGGAGGAUCCAGAGAACGUCAGGAAGGAUUGCGAAGAUGGGUCCCCAGAGCUGUCUGCUUAUGAGAGAAAAAGGCUGAAGAACAUAACAGAAAAUGCAAAAUUUUUUGCUUCUCUAAAAAUGUUUGAGACAGCUGCAAGACUUCGUGAAAUCACAACCAAAGGGAAAUCUUCAGGGAAAAAAAGAGUUAAGCCCCCAAGGUCAGAACCGGUGACAGCUUGUCGAAGAUCCAUGCGCUUGCAGAGAGUGGAUCCCACGGGUCUCCCUUUGCCGGAGCCACAAGUUCAGCCAGAACCGGUGGAAGAACAUCCCCGCUUGCCUCCUGGGCUGCUCCCAAUGGUGCCUGUAGAUCAAGAAGAGGGAGCUGAACGGACCAAAGGAUUCCUGGAGAUGUGGGCAAAAAUCAGCCAGGUAGAGCCUAAGAAGGAGGAAAGAAGAACGUGCACUUUGGAAAGCUACCAGACUAGUCUGAGCAGAAUGGUCCUGAGUGGAGACUCUGUGGCAAAAGUGGUCAGAGACAGGAUUUACUCGGUGGCUGUCCAUCCAUCCGAAAGCAAGACUUUGGUGGCUGCUGGAGACAAGUGGGGACAGAUCGGGCUCUGGGAUUUGGACUGCGGCUCAGAAGAUGGAAUCCAUACCUUUGUCACCCACAGCAGGCCUGUUGGCUGCAUAUACUUCUCUCCAUCCAAUCCCGCUCACCUUCUUUCCCUCAGCCAUGAUGGAACCAUAAGAUGUGGGGAUGUUACCAGAGCAACUUUUGAGGAGGUGUACAGAAAUGAGGAGUACAGUCUCUCCUCGUUUGACUUCCUGGCCAGCGACGCCUCCACUUUGUUGGUGGGGAUGUGGGAUGGGAAAGUGGCCAUGGUGGACCGCAGGACGCCUGGAAGUUCCUCGGAGCUCUCGGCGGACUUUGAUUCGCUGACAAGGACGGUCCACGUCCACCCGGUCAACAGGCACUAUUUCGUUAGCGCUGGAGCCAGGAAUGUUGGCAUUUAUGACGUUCGGCACCUGAAGACUUUGGGGAGCAAGCCUGUGGUGUCUCUGGCAGGGCACACCAAGAGCGUGGCUUCGGCUUAUUUCUCUCCUGUGACCGGAAACAGAGUGCUGACCACUUGUGCUGAUGAUACACUGAGGAUCUUUGGAACCAAAUGUUUGUCGUCUUUGGCUCCUGUUCUCACAACUAUCAGGCACAACAACAACACGGGACGAUGGCUCACCCGAUUCCGUGCCGUCUGGGACCCCAAAAGAGACGACUGCUUUGUGGUGGGGAGCAUGUCCCGCCCGAGACAGAUAGAGGCCUUCAGCGCCAGCGGAGAGAGGCUGCAGGCCUUCCUCAGCGAAGACUACCUGGGCUCCGUCUGCUCCAUCAACGCCUGGCACCCAAGCAGGUACAUCUUGGCCGGUGGCAACUCCAGUGGCCGCCUCCAUGUUUUCAAGGAGUGACGGAGCGACAAGAGUCUUGGCUCUUACACCGAAACCCAGAAGAGUCCGGCUGGCUUUUUAAGUUUUUGUUAAGGCUUGGCAUUUCUCUCAGGUGUAUGUGUGAAGUUACGUCAGACCUUGGCAUGGUAUAGAUCAGGCCUGACCAAGCUUUGGCCCUCCCUCCAGGUGUAACCGCUGGUAGGUUGUUAGGAAUUGUGGGCGUUGAAGUCCAAAACACCUGGAGGGAGGGCUGAAGUUUGCACAUGCCUGGUAUGGAUUCGUAGUUGCAGGAAUGUGGCCUGCACUUGAGAUAAAAGGUGGCCAGAGGGGAAUCUUGGCUUCUUAUGUCUAAUUGCCUAACUGGACCUACCACAAAUGCAACGGUGUGCCUUUCCAUGUAUUGUUUCUUCAUUGUUUGGAGCUUUUUAUUGCCAUCCGGAGCCUUAAAAACCCAGAACAGACCCUGGCUUCACGAGUUUGGCCUUUGAACAAGGCAGGGCCUCGCUGACAAAAUGGGGUAAUUUUAAAACACCGAAGGAAUGUGUUUUUGAAGGCCUUUUUCAAGGUACUUGUGCAAUUGGCACUGGAAUAUAGUUUGUUUGAAAACCAGGUUUUGAUUUUUGCAGCCUCAGACAAGAAAACAGUGAUUAAUCAGCAUGCAAAUGCCAGUAUUAUGAGAUGAGGACAGUGUUUUGUUGUGAUUCAGGAGCAGAUAUAAGGUGUGGGCUUAUUUAAUGCUGAUUUACUUGAGCAUUAGAAAGCAUAUUAAUUCUAAAUGCAGACAUUGCUUUGUUAUUCAGGAGCAGAUAUAAGGUGUGGGCUUAUUUAAUGCUGACUUACUUGAGCAUUAGAAAGCAUAUUAAUUCUAAAUGCCUUUGAGUGGCAAGAUGGGAGAAUUGCAGCCAUUUCUUUUGGGCUGGGAAGGCUUUGGGGCAUUUCACAUCAGUGUUGUCCUUUUCUUGAAAAAGUUGUGGAACAAAUGUUUCGGAUCAGUGUUCUCUUUCAAAGCACACACAGCAAACGCUUGGUAUGAAAGCAGCCUAAGUUCAUUAACGCUACAAAAAAUAAUAAUACAGAUCAGAUUGUUAUGACUUGACGGUGAAGGGUGUUUUUUAAAGAUUUUAUUUCCCUAUGCUUCAGUUUCUUGAAAGAGUUUGAAAUAAAAAAAAUUCUGCUAUAAAAA